AUGAACACAAGAUCUAAAAAUUUACCUUUAGUAGAUUUUGAUCCGGAAAUUGAAGCUACGUGCCGCCAUAACAACAGCCAGACGACCAAAGCCAAGUUGGAUCACAUGGCUACUGCGGAAGAAGUCCGUGCUUUGAGAGAGCAGUUGCAGGCGUUGAUGGAUGCUCAGAAAACUGUUGCUGAGCAGAAACAACCGCCUAUUGAUGAGGUAUUUACUCCACUGUACCAGUACCAAGAGCCGCCCAGAGUCAACGCAAAUAAUUUCGAGCUAAGGACUGGGCUGAUUACCAUGGUACAACAGAACCAAUAUGGAGGUAGUGCCGUAGAGGAUCCCAACGUGCACUUGAGACAGUUUCUGGAGUUGUGCAGUACUAUAAAGAUGAACGGCGUAGCAGAUGAUAUCAUUCGCCUUCGUCUAUUCCCCUUUUCACUGCGGGACAAGGCUAAGUCAUGGUACCACACUCUGCAAUUGAGUGCAAAUCCUGCAUGGGAAGAUGUGGCACACCUAUUUCUGCGAAAGUUUCACCCUCCUAGUCUCACUUUGAAGCUGAAGAUGGAUAUCGUUCAGGACUUUAGUCGUCAUGUUCUACAAUGCUUGCGGAGAGCGCACGAGGAUGUUUAUGGACACAGCAGCUGGAGGCUCCCUACUCAAGAAGGGAAGUUCGGAAGCAAUGGAGAUCAUAGAAAGUAUGGCAGCUACCAGCUAUCAAUGGCCGUCCGAGAGGGUGCAGCUGAAGAAAGUUGCUGCAGCAUUCAGCUCAGAUCCCCUGACGAUGAUCUCGACUUAGCUGGCAGAGCUGAGCUCAAAAAUUUCAGCAAUCGUGGACAGCAGAGCGGCUACAAUAGAGGACAACAAUAUCAGCAAGGAGGUCGCUCACACCUGAAUUUGUCAUACGGGAAUCCCAACAAUGCAAUUCAACCUCCACCAGGCUUCUCGGUUACCAACGGAGUGAUAAAUGAAGAGAAGAAGCCGAAUCUUGAGGAGUUGCUAAUGAAGUUCAUGUCCAAGUCCGAAGAGAGGAUGGAGAAGUUGGAGUCCAAUGCUGUUGCUGUGGGGAGCCAGAUGAAGAUGUUCGAGACCCAAUUGGGUCAACUGGCCAAUGCUUUUACAAAUCUACACCAACAAGGUCAGUUUCCGAGCUAUACAACUGUUAAUCCCAAGGAGCGUUGCAAGGCAAUCAAUUUGAGGAGUGGAACUACUUAUGAGGGACCCAAGAUGCCUGAGGACGAGAUCGUGUCGCCGGUUGAUGAGAAAGAAGCUGAGGAGGUCACCGUUGAGCGUCAUCAGAAAGAGAGGGUGAAACAGCAGUUCUCCAAGUUUUUGGAGAUCUUCAAGAAGUUUCACAUCAAUCUUCCAUUGGUGGAGGCGCUGCAGGAGAUGCCACAGUAUGCGAAAUUCUUGAAGGACAUCAUCUCGAGAAAGAAAAGGUUGGGAGAAUUUGAGACGGUGAAUCUCAAUGAGGAGUGUAGUGCGAUCUUGCAGAAGAAGCUCCCAGCUAAGUUUAAAGAUCGAGGCAGCUUCACUAUUUCCUGCAUCAUUGGAGGCCAGCAGUUUGGGAAGGCGCUUUGCGAUUUGGGGGCAAGCAUUAAUCUCAUGCCCUUAUCUAUUUUCCAACAGUUGGCUAUUGGAGAGAUGAAGCCGACGUCGAUCGCGUUGCAGAUGGCAGAUAGGUCGGUGACAUAUCCACGGGGGAUAGUGGAAGACGUGUUGGUGAAGGUCAACGAGUUCAUAUUCCCAGCUGACUUUGUGGUGUUGGAUUUUGAGGAGGACAAGACCAUCUCGUUGAUCCUAGGGAGACCGUUCUUGGCCACAGGGAGAGCCUUGAUAGAUGUGGCUAAUGGGGAGCUCACUUUGAGAUCAAGCAUCGUGUCACUACGGCGUAUCAUCCUCAAGCGAAUGGACAAACCGAGCUAG